UGCCCAGAGUCCAGGAGUGCAGACAGCCUAGGACAGCAGGAGUUGGAAGCUCAGUUGGAGAAAGCCAGGAGAAGCCUAUUGCAACCAAGGUAUUGCCCUUGACCUUCAGGGGGAGAGGAUAACCUGGAAGUGCGUGGUGUGCCCUCAGAAGUCUGCCUGAAGUUCUCACCCAGCCGCCGCGAUGGUGGAGCGAUCUACCCGGGAGCUGUUUCUCAACUUCACUGUUGUCCUGAUUACGGUUCUCCUAAUCUGGCUCCUCGUGAGGUCCUAUCAGUACUAGAGGCCAUGCCGCACUCCUGGGAUUGACUGAGAUGCUCCGGAGCUGUCUGCUGCGUGCCCUGAGAUCUCUCUCGUGCCACGUCAUGGGGUGCCGUUCUUGGCACGCCCAGGCACCUCUGACCUGCACCCACAAUGCCUGAUGAGCCCCAGCGCUAGGAUCGAAUGUGUGUUCUCCAAAGAUGCUGCUCUCACUGGCUGCCAAGUGCUUGCCAGUGGGCGUUAGAUUUAUUCCCCAGCUCUUACUGCACAUGUGUUAGACCAGCCACAAGGUUAAAAUUACACUGGAGUCACGGUGAUGGAGAAUCGUAACCAGCCCCCGAUUCGUCUCACCACACAUCCCUCUGGCCCACGCUGUCUGUAACCAAACCCUAAUCCAACCGCCAGAAGCAAUGUUAGAGGAAGCCUUUGUCAGACACUGUAGCUCUCACGUGAAUAAAACUAAGUCAACCAUAAAAA